AGGGGUUAUAGUGUUCCAGUGGAGGAGGAACCGUCACAGAGAACUCAUCGUCGAAAGAAGAAAGUUAACAAGGGACGAUGGACGAAAGAAGAGGUUUGUGUAUAAGCUUACGUAUCUGCCAUUAGUACACACGUAAAUAUUCUCCUGUUUCCGGGAUUCUCUUGUGUUUCAGUAAGAAAUGUUAAAGCAAUUCCAGGAACCUAACGUUUAACGCGAAAGAUUUCGUGUAGGAUUGUCUUAUCCCUCGCGUCGAGUCUCGGCUCUGAAUGGAAGUUGUCAGGGGCUAUGUAUGCAAAAAUUGGCCAACGUUUUCUUUAAUUCAUUCAUAACAGUUUGUUUUGGUGACGAUUGUUUUUCCCAAAUUUCAUCGUAUUUGGCUUUUUGAAAAGGUAAAUGCAACCUUAAGCGGCGUCUUAAACGUUUAGACCUUUAAAGGCGUGUUUGGUGUGCUCUUAUCUAAAGUUUUGAACAAAGCUUCUGCUUUUGUGUAACCAAGCGUGUGGUGAGCUUCAUUUUAAAUCUCGAAUGUCCGUUGAAAAGGAUCGUAUUACUGCAUUGAAUAUUGGUUCUUAUACUCUUGUCCUUUCUCUGCGAAAUUUUUAAACAGUUCCAUCGCUUAUUUCUGAGCUUUAUUCAGCUGUUUGAAUUCGGGAUUUUCCAAGAUUGUUCGUUCUCGAAGUAAAAACUGUAAAUUCGGGAAAAUGAAAGUUGUACACUAUCCGUAAUGAAGGCAAAUUUAUGUGUAUGAAACGGACUAAAGCAAAUGAGCUUUGUGCCGAAAUCGGCAGUGAGGACGUGUUAUGCUACGAAAUUUUACCCCAGCUUGCACCCAGUGUAGCAUUUGUAAAACACCUUGAAGAUCAUUCAUAUAAAUUACAGUUUUUUGUCCUCGAGCAAGGCAUAUUGGAGGGUCAUGUUGUGGAACCUCUCAGCUAUGUCAGCCGAGACUGCUAUUUUGCAUGUGUAUGCCAAUAUUCCUCAUUUUAUACCAGUUUAAAUAACCGGCGUGCCUUCUGUCGGCGUCUUUUUUGAUUACCCCGUUAUUUUGUCUUCGUUAUCCUGCUAUUAGAUGUUUUUAAUGCAGUGACUAGUUAACCUACAAUGUGGCCCGGUGUUGUACAUAUUUCUUGUACUUAGGACGGCGUCUUAAUUCUGGUAAAUAUUCUUUGUGCAUUUGUGCUGCAUACUGAUGAAAUGAUAAGUCGUAAUUUAAUCUUUUACCUGCUGUACUCCGUCAAAAUGUCAGUUUUUUAUGUGCAGUUUUAUUUGAUUCCAUAUUUUAGCCUUCUUUUUAUUUCUCUUUUUUUUUUUAUUUUUUAUUUGUUGUUGUUACAAGUGAGAUUAUCCUUUGCUUAUUUUCCAGAGUUUUCAUUAAGUUCUAAAGUAGACAGCUAUGAUGUAAAAGUAGGCGGCUUGGUAACUGAGUGCUGUAGGCAAUUUCAGGCUUUCAUUCUCUCUAUUUACCCUAUUCCCCUGAAAAGUAGACGGCUCAAACCUCCAGGUAGCCAGUUUUUUAGCCGACUGCCGGCACUUAAUGAGAACCCUGUCUUCUACCCCAUGCACAAGUACAUCAUGCAUACUCAGAAAUCAGAAAACUGAAGGAUUGCUCUUAUUAGCAUAAUUUGCCAUAUUCAACUCCAAAUUUAUAUGUUGCUGUUAAAUGUCAUUUACAAAGUGAUUAGAUGUUGAUGCAUAAUUAUCUUGGCAGGUAUGACAGCUCUCGGGAACAGAUCUGGCUACAUGUUUUGUUAACCUGUAAAUGUAUGUGUAACAAUGAACAACUUUGCACUGCAUACUACUGAUCCUGCAUUUUGCAUUGCAAGCAGUACUUUUCCUGCAGUUUCAACUAAAUUCUUUCAAUCUGUGUUUUUAUUUUAUUCAAAAUCAAUGUUUAUUUUAAGCUUGAUAAAGUAUUACAGCAGGGUUGUGUUAAUGCUGCUGAAGAAUACAGUACCAGUUUAGACAGAAAACCUGCACGUGUUAAUUAGAUGCUGUUCAGAGUUUUAAAAUUUGUCGCAUUUCCGAAAAACUGCCCAAUAUAUAGCGAGACACAAAUGCAAAAUGACUUGACAUCUGAAGCCAAGCUGUAAAAACAUGUGAAGCCCCUGCAGGCAUCCCCCAGCCUCCCUGCACACCAGCCCUGGAAAAUACCAUUGGCCAGCAUUGUUUUGUGUUUAACUUAGCCUAAAUUCCAUUUAGCCACAUUCAAAAUGUUAAAGCAGAGUUUCAUUUCAAUUCCGCUGAAACGACAACUUUGCUUCUAAAACAUCUUGGUUUGCAGAUUCUAUAAUUGGCUUUUCCAUGAGACUACUUGUAAUAGAUUGAAAUUCUAUUCCUUAACACUUUUUUCUCAGAUGCAUCAGCUACCAGCAUAGCUAAUUGCAUUUUAGACCCUGUUUUGAUUUGGCCUUGGGGCCUGUUUCUCGAAAGUCCCAGUAACUGUUUGGUCCCCGAAAGUUGUUUUGCAUUUGCCAUGUUUGCAUUUAAGAUCAAAGAUGCAAUAAUUUUGAAAACGAUACGAUGAAACUAUCAGUUAAGGAAGCAUAAUUGACUGGUUUGUGCACUAGGAGCUCAGUGUUCUCCCUAAAUUUUAGCUCAGCAGGUAAGGGACCAUUCAUGGCCGGUAAGGCAAAAAAUAUAUAGCAGAGCCCCAAUUUCCUGGGAGAGGGGAGAAGGGGAGUGAGGGACAUGGCUUCAAACUUGCUGUGAAAUUUAGGAGUCAAGCUCUCUGAAACGUAAUUCCCUCAUUUUAAGACCUAUUUUACACAAAUCAGUCGUUGUUAUCUUUAGACAACAAUUUAAAAUGUUUGAUUCCAAUAAUGUCUUCAAUGCUCUCUCUCCAAAAUGUGUGGUCCAUAAAAAGAAAAGCUGUGUAUAAUUUAGUACAAGACAAGAUGAUUUAUUAAAGUCAGCUCAGUUUACAUGACAUAAAGGUUAAAUUUAUGUAGGCAACUAAACACAGUACAACUAAGGAAUAAAAGAAAAAUUGCAGCAAAAAAAUAGAGAGUGAGUUGGGAUCAUCCAAAUAGCAAGGGCUAAUCUAGUGGAUGACCCCUGCAAUAAAAUACAGUUUACAGACAGAAGUAAGAAUAUAUAAAUAUUUUUUUUCAUAAAAAGUAUUUCUUCAUGCACUAAGGCAGAUAAUUAAUUAGAAAGGUAAUUGGAGAUGGAGUUGUUAAGGGUUUUACAAAAUAUUUUAAGAGAAUUUGAAUUAGUUAUACCUUGUAGGAAAGGAGUUUCAAAGGACUAGGACAGAGGACUAGUGAGUUUUAGGAAGCAUAAACCAUAUUAAGUGGUAUUAACUGAGGCUACAUAAAGAUUUCUAUUACAUGAUUUCCUCGUUGAAUAGGAAUGAACAGAAGAAGUAAAUUUGAAAUAUUCACUGAAACAGGGGGGUAACAGUCUGCGUGACCAUAGCCUGCGAGCAAGCUCUCCUAUCUGGGCAAGCGAAGUGAGCCUCGCAAGAAUGCGCGAGUGAGCGGCCGAGGAAAGGAGAGCUUGCAACGAUCUCUCAUAAAUUUUCAUUUCCACCCCGGAAGCCCCGGGACCUCGCAAAGCAUGAAAACUGUCACUGCAAACGUGCCACAGAUUAGAAAAGUGACAGCCGCCUGUCGAGUAAGUUUAGACAGUCGAGGGCGCGUAGAAUGAUUUAUUUAUAAAUCGCUUUCACAACAGCAUCAAGGCAAUGUUUUUAAUCACUGAUAUGUUCUUUUUUUUUACUGGGACAUCGAACUUCAACCUGUCCGCACAGAUAAGAACUACUUUGAUUCUCGUUCCGUUUACUUUUGAAAAGUCAUCCAUACCGCAGUGUAGAAGACUACUCCCCAUCGCAAUCACCAACAAAAACAUCAUAUAUUUGUCCGUCUGGAACUGGAGAAUGGUGUUUUCCUGCACUUGUUUCUUUUAAGUUUUACUCGAGUUGCUUCCAACUCUCUCUACACUGUUAAGUACAUGUUUCUAAAUUUUUCUACCCAGUAGAGUUCCAUCAGGCGAUGAAACUGAUGUUGGAAGACAGUGCUUGAAUCACUCUUCACUUUCACUCUCCCGGUUUUCAGAAUUAAACAAUGUGCUUGACACAAAUGAAUACAACUGAUGAAGGGUUUUCACAAGAACUUACAAACUCGGUGUGACUUAUCCUGGGCUCGCAAUAUUCUCUUUGCGAGAAUUACAUCAAGCGAGCCCGUCUGCAUUGAGGGCUGAAACAAGUUCUCGGUACCAAUCUGAUCCCCCUGAGGACCAAAUUUGACACACAGACGAAGCGGGUGCCGACUUGGCCUGUUAUCAAUCAACUUUGAUUUCCGGAACGUCAUUUUUCAGCCAAUGGUAUCUCCCUUCGUCUGGGUGAAGUACAAAUGAAAUUUUAUCAGGGAUCUUUGCAAGCUCUCCUUUUCUCUGCCCCUCGUGGCUUUGCCGCGCGCUCUCGCUAUACUCGUUUCACUCGCCCAAAUAGGAGAGCUUGCUCGCAGGCUAGCGUGACCACUGAUAAACAAAAGAGAGUAUCUGUGAUUCAAUGACAUCAUUGAGCUUAAGUAGGUUGAGAGAUUUGAACAGAGGCUCAGAAUGAGAUUUGGUUCAGAGAAAGAUAUUAUUCUGAUUGCUUUUUCUCGAUAAUGAGUCGACUGUAUUUUCCACAAUUUGAUUUUUUAUUCUAAAUAAUCAUUAAUAUUAAUGCAAGCAAUUAUGUUUUGAAAAUGACUUUAUUUAUCCCUGUCUGGAGAUUGUACAAACCCAAAGGUGCCCUAUAACCCACUGAGCUUUUAGGCAAUGCCAUUUAGGAAAUGAUUUACUUAGGGUUGCCUCUUUUAAGUAAGUCCCCCUGUCCAAUAAGCCCUCCCUCUCUACCUCAAAAUUUUCUAAAAAAAAUGAGUCCCCCAACCUUGGAGAGCAAUCAGUUAAAGCAAGUGGAAUCUAAAAUUUGUUUCAGGAUGACAAGCUGAAGGAGUUGGUAGAUGAAAUUGGAACAGAUAGCUGGAAAGAAGUAGCAAGCCAUUUUUCUGAUCGUACUGAUGUACAGUGUCUGCACAGAUGGCAAAAAGUACUCAAUCCAGAGCUUGUGAAAGGACCCUGGACAAAAGAGGUGAGAUGGGAAACAUCAAUGCUUGUUACUAGCCAAGUUUGAAGUCCCCAAGUUGUAUAUUUUCGAUCAAGAACUCCCCCCACCCCUUAAUUUAUGGUCCAGGCACAAAGCAUGUGGGCCAUGAAUAAGAGAAAACAAGAAUCUGCAAUUUAUGGCAUGUACUGAGAAGGCAAGGUUAUGUUAUUAGCUUAUUGGCCAUUUCAGAUUUGCGUAGGGAAGUGGGACAAGUUUCAAAUUUAAACUAAUCGAUAAACUGACACCACCAUAUAAAAGGUCAUGUUGGUCAGUUUAAGUUUAAGAUCCAACUAAAGAAGUAUACUCACUUGAAAUGUUUACUACAGAUCUUGUCUUUUCAUAAAGAGAUUCGGGCCUCAUCAUCAGUUUGAACAGUGAAAUUGUCACGAAAAGACUACAUUCUAAUUGUUUUUCUUGGCACUGGAAACCAUAACAAUCCCUGUUGUGAACUGUAAAACAUCUUUCACACGGGCUUCAUCAGUAAUGGCAGUGCAGUGCACUUUGGGAACGAUUCAAGAUGGUGGAUGAUAGAAAAACAGGAACGUUUUAGAAGAUUAAUAAUAUUGCUCUACUAGUUAAGAAUCUGAGUGGAAAAAUACUAUAUUUGUUUAUUUUGAUCUCUCAGUCUGAAUAUAUCAGGAUAUGUGACUGAGAAACUAUUUUUCAGUUCUGUUAUUUUAAGAUCACGGUACCAAAAACGAACGUUACUGUGUAAUCCUAGGGCUUGCAAAGGGUCAAUAAAGUUACUGAUCUUUUUAAUUUGUCUCCUAGAAAUGUGGCUCGGGCUCCCAAAAAAUGUUCUUAGGCAAAAGCCUUGAAAAGUGUCUCACCAGUGGGAGUGACAACUUCUAGAUACAGAAACUGCAGGUUUUUUGACUUGUUAUUUUAUCUUCAGGAGGAUGAUAAAGUGGUUGAACUGGUGCACAAGUAUGGUGCUAAAAGGUGGUCCCUCAUUGCUCAACACUUGAAAGGACGGAUUGGUAAACAGUGUAGAGAAAGGUAUAUGUAAUGCGUCUGCAUACAGUUUGAUAAUAGCCAUCAGAGUAUACUAUAAGAAUUAAUUAGUCAGAACAGCUUCCUUAAAUUAUUUAAUUGAAGUGCAUGUGAAAUUUGAGGUUUGCAUGGCUUGUGAUUUUAGUUUUGGUGCUGGAGAGUAAUUUUGUUUAUUGAUGCAUGUUUUGUGCGUCUUCAGAUGGCAUAACCAUUUAAAUCCCCAUAUAAAGAAAACAGCUUGGACAGAAGAUGAAGAUAGGAUUAUUUAUGAAGCCCACAUUACUAUGGGGAAUAAGUGGGCUGAGAUUGCAAAGCUCCUGCCAGGAAGGUGUGUAACAGUUUCUUAUUUCUUAUUAUCACAAGAUAGUUUUUUACUGAACAGUAGUAAUGGGCUACUCGUUUCUGGAUAGAUCUGUUUUAUUCUUAAAUUCUAAGCCAGAGAAUUGCGGGAAUGUGAGCAGAUAGCAGAUGUCUCCAUUUUACUCAACAUUUCCAGUGAGGUCAAACUCUGGCAAAUAAUUGGUGAUCUUACUCUCACUCAAACCUUGAAGUGACACCAACAAUAGACCACGCCCUUUCCCCUGCUUCUUACAAACAAGUUUGCCUUGAGAACUGAUGUUGUGAAAAGAUCUAAUAUUAAUAAUUUUUUGACACAAAUGAAAUCUAGAGUUCAUUUUGAGAUUAAAGAGUUUUCAAAAUACUUUCCUAUUGUAGAACUGACAAUUCAAUAAAAAACCACUGGAAUUCCACAAUGAGGAGAAAGGUUGAAAGUGCAGGCUAUGAUCAUUACAGGAGAGUUAGAUACCAUGCAGUGAGUGUUUUGUUGUUCUAGCUGUACUGUUGUCACACUCUUAAUAGAGACCUUUAGGUUCUAAGAUGAGGAGGACUAUAAGUAUGAGAUUUUCUCACAGAAACAAGUUAUCAAAUUGUUAGAAGUUUUAUAACUCUGCGAACAGGAAAGGGCUUAACCUCAUUUUAUAAAGAUUACGGUGCUAACGUUUCUGGUGAAAAAGAUGUACAAUAAAGCUUUCCAUGGUGUCGUUUUUUUAGAAUAUGCGAGAAAACUUUAUGGCAAAUUUCAUCCUCAAAUCUAAAGGUCUAGCUAAGUUACCUCUAUUCAUAAUUUGUUGAUUAUAAGUUAGUUGAACAUGAAUUCCUGAAAGGCUCCACUCACCUUGGUACUGAAGCCUCUUAUGAACAACAAAAAGAACUUGUAAACAGCAAGAUUGUUGUUGUAUUAACAACGACAAUAUACAUGUAUGGAGUAAUAAUUUAAUUAUACAAAUGUACCGUAAAGCUCCCAUAGUAGUGACCCCCCAAAAGUAAAGUCAAAAGUUUCUUACUUGUAAUAAAUCCUGAAAAUAGUGAGCCCUCGGAAAGAGCGAUUCCCCCAAAAAUAGCGACUCCCCAAAAGUAUCAAGACUAAGUUUUUUUAAUUACGUUAUAAACAUACCAAUUGUCUUUAUUGUUUUUCAGUUGCAAUCCAUAAUCAAAUUCUUAAUGUACAAUACUAAUAUGUACUAAUAUCUUUGUGUAUUUACAAAUUUAUCAUUAUGAGACACUUUAAAACAAGGGAAACAUGGUAUGCCUGAAAUUAUAUCAUCUGUUGUUGAUGUCAGCUCACAGAUUGCACAGUGUAAAAACCAAGCUGAUAUAAAGUUCAUAUCAACAACAGUAAUGUUUCUCAAGUUAAAUUAAAAACUGAAACUUCUGUAUACUGCACUAUAAUUUUGAUUUCCUUUAUAUCAAUCGGCUGUUUCACCCAUUUGGUUAUCUGGUAGACCAUUGAUGUUGAUUUCGCGUGAUUUUGUUUAUGUUUCAUUUCGGGAAAGAGUUGGAAAUAACGAUCCCAGGAGAGUAACGACACCCCAAAAGUAACGAGCCCCAAAGGCUGCUAAUAGGCCACUUGCACUAAGAGGUCACGUGACCAAAUUAAUGCUUCCUCUAAACAAUGAGUUGGAAUCUUGCUGAUGCCAAAACUCGACAGAGCACAUAAGAAUUAUCUUACACCCGAAAUUUGAGAUGGAACACAUUUAAGGGAGAUGUUUUAUGGCACCUUGAUUUUUCAACUAAGUAGUAUGAUUUGUAUUGGCCGCCAUGUUGGAGGGCAUACUCUUGCCCUCCAACAUGGCGGCCAAAACUACGUUUUGCUUAUAUCUUGCUAAACGUUUGAUAUUUACAUUCAGACGUGUUUAAGUUUAAGUGCAAAGUUUAAGUGCAAAAUUUGUGUUCAGAAAGAAGCAAUUCAUUAUUUUAAAAAUCACAUUUUGGUCACAUGACCAUCUACGAACUUACUCAUUUAAAGAAAAUGGUGCGGGUUUGAAAAACCAAAUCACUAUUAUUUUGUGUAAGAUAUGACCCACCAAUCAUUUUUCAAAGGCAAAAUCAUAACUUUCAUUUUCAUACAAACAAUGUCACACAAACUCUUAGUGCAAAUGGCCUCCCAAAGUGAAAAAGGGUUGCUACUAUGGGAACUUAACGGUACAUAUAAUGCAUUUUAACAGUCAAUUAAUGUAUUAUACUAUGGUAGCUGGCUUGAAAUUGUGCAACAACACUGUACAGACUGGAAGUUUUACUACAGCUCAAAGCCAAUAAAAAAAAAUUAUUGAUGAAACUUUUUGUUGUGAAAGUUAGGAAUUUCACAGCUCUGUCUCAUGUUUACGUCUUGAAAUUAUCUUAGGUUGCAAAAUGUAGUGUUAACUUAAGUCUUGGAACGUUAAUGGACAGUGGAAUCUGUUUAUUUAAUCCCUGUUUAUUUUAUUUUCUUCCAGUCUGAGAAGAGAUAUAACAAGGGACACCUUCUUCCUGGAAAGAAAGGUAAUGUAGAUUACAAUAGAGUGGAACCCUGUUCUACAGACACCCACUUACUAUGGUAACCCUUGUAUAACAGACAGUUUCCUUUGUCCUGAUGAAAAGCUCAUAUAUUUUCUUUAAACAUAACCUGUUUAAUAGGGAAACCUAUUAAUAUGGAGAAGGCACACUUUUCUGUGUCCCGAGCAACAAACUUUCAUAAAUUGUCAUUCCCUCUUUAUGGACACCUGGUAUCUGCACACUGUCUAUUUUCAUCGUGUGCUAAUUGUCAACGUUGUACACAGUGGUGAAAUAGCAUGUGAUAUGUUUGAUUUUGAUCAGUCUGUAUUUUGGUGUUUGACUCUACUUCUGUGGCCCUUUCAUAAAGUUAUCCUUUACUUUUUGCUUUAGUUAUAGCUCCUAUGUUUCUUUCUAUCAUUCAUUAUCAAAAUGUGUCCAUGACUGUUUUUUCUGAGAGCCAAUUAUUCAAUACGGACCCAAUGGCAUGUCUCCUAUUGUUAGUUGUUUGAUCUUAUUGGUGUAUCAUUGAAUAUCUUGUAUUUGUAGAUAAGAGAAGAAGAGAAGAUAUUGACUCACCAGAUAUGUUUAGUGACCUUUACUCUUCAUCUGCUGAUGAUCUUCCCUCUAUGGCUACCAGUCAGGCAGAAAGUUCUUCAAGUUCUAGAAAAUACAGAAGUAGUUCAGUCCUCACCAACAUCAAAUCGAAGCCAGCCAAUCAGUCUGCAGUAAGAAAAACUGAAAGUGACGGGAAGUCAUCGUCAACUCAGGGGCUGAUGUCCCCCUUUAGAACAUUUAUUCUCUCUGAGGGAGACUCCCUUUUUGACUCAGAUCCAUCUGCUUGGGGUGAUAUAAGCUCAUUUGAUAAGAAUACUGCUGCCGCAGUCAAAUCUAUACCUCUUUCCAAGCUGACAUCUCCAGGUACUACAGGUAAGCCUUAGACUGCGCAGGUUUUGAGGGAGCAAAUUAUUUGCUAUUAUUGGUAAAACUGUAAUUUUUAUUGUACUAUUUGUUAUUCACCAGAGGAAUAAAACAUUUUUUUUAAGAUUCCAACUGUCAGAGUGCCUAUUACAUGGCCACUGAAGUGUUGCUAUAUUGUUUUAGUAGACUGUAGAGAACAAGUAUGCAAGAGGACAGUAGAGUAAAACAGUAAAACUUGUGUGACAAGCACAACAGCAAUUGUUUGAAAAAGUGUUCUGCCAAACUUUACCAUCUGUUAAACAGAUCUUACAGUAAAGACCAGAAAACACAUUUGUUAAGUGGAAGAUCACAACAGAACAAGCAUGACAUAGCACUGUCCCCUUCUUUCAGCCGUCCUGUUGCGUAAGCUCACUUUUUCUGUUCUGCAACACCACAGACAACUUUACUGCAGUGAACUGUACAAUGAUAGAGAAUAAUAAAAGGAUAAGGAUAGAAGAGUGGUUGCCGAGGCCUGAGAGAAACUAAAGCUCUACUGUUAAUCAGUAGACUUUCAAAAAAGUCCUUUGUCUGAUUUAAUAUGGCAUGGGACAAAGGGCUUUUCAUAAUUGAUUGGCACCUUCAGAGUAUCUGAGAAAAGCAUUAAAAACAUAUCUGUUGGGGAGAGAUGUUUUUGUGUCUGCUCCAACCGAAGCUGGGAAAAGUCUGACUUUUUAGCUGUCUCCAACACUGUCAAUCAUUAUUUUGGGAAGGAUUGCAAUGUCAUCAUGUUGGUGAUUGUUCCGCUGAUUUCUCUUAAGUCUUAAGAAAGGUGACACAUUUUUAAGGUGCAAAAUGGUUGUUAUAAACUGUAACUGGAGAUCUGCUUUCCAAGUAUCAACUCAAGGUUAAAACAAGCUUUGUUUUUUUUUUCCGCCUUCCUGAGGACUCACAAAUGUAACCUGAAACUCCAAAUUAAUGCAAGUCACGCCACUCCUCAUUUUUGGUGCAAAAUGAAAAUAGAAACCCUUCAAGUAAGACAUGUAGACCUCUCGCAACUUUGUUGCUUCCUCCCAUGCUUAGAAAUUCAUGAGGUUGACUUGUGGCAACUCUAGUUAAUCAGAUGACCCUCUCAAUUCCAACAAAACAAGUUGAAGUUACAGUCAAACCUGUAUAAUAACGGCCCUAUAUAUAGCAGUCACCGUGUAUGUUACAGUCACAGGACAACUUCCCAAAAUUUUCAGUUGCCAUAUAUUUUCUGCUAAGUUGACCUGUAUAGCAGUCACCUUACCAUUUCUCAAGGUUUGUCUGUCUAGCAGUAGAUACAAAGAUGUUUGUACCAAAGUACAAUUUGAGGCAAUUGUAAAUAGUUAUUGCGAAUAAAUACCUUAUAUGAUUAAGUGCAAAUCACUCCAACAAUCUCAGAAGGAGAACUUGCGAUACAGCUUUAGUAUCCAGGCCCCUACCCACUACAGCUGUAGGGCAUAAUGCCAAAAUUUUCCAAACGUUCUCUUAUUGUACUGUUGCUGCCCUUAAAAGGCGUUGCUUUUACACUUAUUUCUGUGGUGUUAGAGUGUCAAAGAGGGCAUAAAGUGACACUUCCUGUGUGUAAACCUGUACAGUGUUCUCUUGAAGAUAUUGUACUUUUGCAUGGAGAGGAACAUCAUUUAUGCUCGUUUAAAACUGUGCAAAUGAGUUUUAGUUGCAGUGUAAUACUAGCCAUUAUCAUAAUGCUGAACAAUGACACUUGCCCUUUUUUUUAGGGUACAGAUUUGAUGGCAAUUCUAUAGCAAGUCUUCAGACUGGUGGAGGGUGAGUGAAAUUUUUAACACUCAUUUCCAACACUUCAUUCGCUUUCAAAUUGAAAACACACCAGUUUUUUUAAGCCAGGAAGUUUCAAGGGCACAUCUCAAGCCUUAACAGACACUGAGAUAGUGUAUUUUUCCAUGAGAAGGCACUUAAGAGUAAAGAAUAUAAUAAUUUUUAUUAUUUCAUGGACACUGUUGUACCAAGAUUAUGCUACAUACAUAACAAAAUGUAUCAGUUUUUAAAUAAUAUUUUGUGCUUAUUCCAUCUUCAGGUCUUUAAUUCCCAUAACAUCCCCAGUUAUACAAACAAGGUUUAGCACACCUCCAACAAUACUGAGAAGAGGAAGAAAAAGAAAAGUAUCCUUACGCUGAGUGAUACCAUUAAUUAUUUUCUGUAAUAAUUUUUUCUGAGGUCACAAAAUUUUGCUAUGUUAUUAACACCCCCUCUGCCCUGAGUAGUAAAUUAUUUCAAAUUUUUCUGUUGAAGUUACAUAAAAGAAGUUACUUAACUCAGCAAAUUUCUUUAUAAGAAGACGGUAUCAGGCUUUUACCAAGAAACUGAAAACUGGCCAUCCAGAAGGCAUGUUUUCCCAUAAAAUUAAAAGAGAUUAAGUGAGUUUUUCUUGUGUUUCUUCCAAAAAUAGGUGUCCAUAGGACUGACAUCCCUGCUAGAUUGAAAUACUUAAGACAGAUUUUUUCAAACCAAUGAUUUAUACUAUUGGCAGGCUACUCUACUUAAAAGAGCUGCCUUCUUCAAAUGUCAUUAUAACCUCUGCUGAGUAAAAUGCAUCGAGUAAAGAAUUGCUAGUUUGUUGCAUGCAGGUCUUACAUUCGAGGUGUAAUUUUGCUUCUUUGUUACUGUCAAGCUUUCAAACUCUGUUUCAACUUUUACAGCAACAAUGUGACUUGUUGAACAAAAUGAAUGGGUGCCUGGCAUCAAAACCCAAAGUGACUCUUGAUGUUUUGGUCAGAGGUUUUAUUUCACAAACUAACACAAAGCCAUCUGGAAGUUGUCAAUACCUUAUUAUUAAAAAAAAAACAUCUUGUUGGGUUGUACGGAACAAUUGGACAACAGAUUUUUGUGAUGAGCAAGUAUUGUGAGAGUUACUAUUGAAAGAAGAAGCUAAAAUUCAAGUUUUUCUUUACUUCUGUUUUUGUGUAAGGGGAAACAGUGGUAGUUACAUGUAGUACGUAUGUGCAGUACUUCUUCUAUUCUCUGUUAAUAGCUAUAACAUAAAUGUUACUCCUGUUGCCGGGUUUGAGCUAGGAUUUGAUCACUGAGGGACAAUUUGUCCCCUUGGCUAAAAUUUUAGGGGACAUUUUCAUUUUUAGGGGAACAGAAAUUUGUACACCCCUCUGCUGAUGCAAAGGGUUUGUCUUCUUUGCAGGGCUUCUGAUAGGUCUCGGAAGAAAAAGUCAAAUUUUGCGGGAUUUUUAGGGACAAAUUCGCGGAAAAAUCGGCCGACUUCGCGGGAGUUUUAGGGGAAAACUUCACUGUAAAGCAAUCGGUAAAAACGGCCGAUUUUGUGGUUAUUUUCAAGGCAAAUUUUGCUAGAAAUCGAUCGGUUUUGCGCUGAUCAGACCAGCCUUUUUAACGUUUUUCUAACAGAGGUCAUCGUUUGCUCUUUCAACAACAAUACACUCCAGAAAUGAACCAAUGGCAAAGCCUUUAACAUCAUGGCUAGUGCCCAGUUUUUCGCAACAUAAUCUGUUUGUACGUUUCAGUGACGGAGUUCCACGUUACUUUUGCAAGUUUACGGCAAGUAAAUAGCCCGUAUAGCUGAAAUAAGUUUCAAAUAUGUUGUACAGACAUGUAUUUGAUAAGAUUUCUACCAAAUUACGCGGUAUUUUUCGUGUUUUUGUGAAUUUCGCAGCUCCGCGACCGCGCGAAAUAUCAGAAGCCCUGUCUUAGAUUUCCGACAAAAAUAGCAGUAGAGCGUGACUGAAACGUAACUUUAGAAUGAACUUUAAACGUGCGAUAAAAUAUACUUUCCACGUUCUGUUUCAGCUUGCAAUUUCUGUACUGAAAUAAAUCUUUUCGUGUGUGCUUCCGUUCGAGUUUUUUCUCUAAAUUUUGAAGGGGACAAAUUGUCAUUUUUUAAAGGAACAAUUCCAAUUAUAGGGCGGGAUUGGCGCAAUGGCGCGGCCUGGCUGAAACCCUGCUGUUGUAUAAGAGUACUGGUAGCUUGACCUUAACACUAUUGCCUUCAGUCUGGUGACUUAGAUCCCAGUUGCUAUGCCACCACAGAAGCCUCUUUCAGCAGUCCAAAGGGAGCCACACCUAUCAAGUCUCUCCCAUUUUCACCUUCACAGUUUCUAAACUCUCCAGUACAUAACAGCAAAAUUCAGACCUCAACUCCAGCUAAUGGAAAAAGCCAAAGCAGUAUGGUUGACACGACUCUGCACACACCAGGUGUCUUAGAAACCAGCAUCAAUGAGGACCCUUUCCGCACACCACGCAUCAGAAGGACAUUGUUGAGUGUGUCACCACGGACUCCAACGCCAUUUAAGAAUGCCUUGAAGGUGUUAAAUGAAACAAAACUGGCCCAUGUAAGUUGUCUCAAGUAUCAUCUAUUUGUUAAUUCUCCCUAAAGCAAGUGCCAUAUUUUAUCAGGUUAGGUUUCAUGAACUGUGGAAGUAUUAGAUGGUAGUCAGCAUACAGACUCCACCUGUGGACCUGAAGUUAGAUUUUAAACUUUCAAGAACAAUUGGGUAUCACACAUAUCACACAAGCAGUGAGUACUGAGGCUGUGGGAUGUGAGAAACGAGGUUGUCAGUUAGAAAAAUAUCAUACUGCACUGGUUUAAACUAUAAAUUCUGCAUCAUUCACAGCUAGUUUAUUUUUCUUGGAUUCCAUAAAACCUUUCAGUACUACUAAUUAAAAUAGCCCUGAUUAGUUAUCUUUUAGUUUGGUAUUUUUUCUUCUCAUAUUUUGCACGUCGAAUGUGCCAUCACUCAAACUGUGAAGAAAAAUAAAAGAAGCUGCGUGCAGUCUGUUUCUGCAAUUUUAUGAGUGUCAUUUUAAUGCUUCUAUUUCCUUCUCAGACGCCUGGCAAUUUUGAAGCAGAUUUUAAUGAAAUUAUCAAGAAAGAGGAGGAAGAAAGUGGGCUGCACUUAUCUUCAAGUACAGAAAAAACCCCUCGUAGAGUACGAACCUCACUGGAGGAAAAAUAUGCCAGGUUAAGUAAGACUGCCACAGAAGUCUCUUCAGUGCCUGUAUCCAUAAAAGAAGAGCAGUCAGAUGUAAAUGAGCAGCAAAAUUCCAUAAUAACUGUGGUAGGUGCAUUUGAUAAGGAUAAUGAUCAUGGUGGAAAAAGGUUUUAUACAUCAAAAUCUCAAGGAUGUGUGAUCUUUAAACAGAAACGGUGUCUGUUGUAAUCAGAGCACUUGGCAUAGUCAAAAAAGGUCCAACAAUAUGAGGACCUUCAGAAGAUCACCCUGGUACAUGCAGGUACUGCCCAUAUAAAUAUUUUGAGAAAAGUUCUCUCCAAGUUUUAAGUCGACAACAACGCCCCCUAGCAGCUGCUAAGGAAACUGGUAGCUUCCUGGUGCUCUAGGUUGUUACUUUCGUACUUGCAACUGGUUGAAACCUAGAGGGCGAUGGGAAGAAAACUGACCCCAUAAGCGUAAAGCUCUAUCUUAUAUACAACUAUCUAGAUCCUUAACGUUCUCCAGACCAGUAUCCCUCAGUAGUGUGUUAAUAUAUGUAGUUGUCGGUCUUCCUCUUUAAGCUCUCCCAUGUGUAGGCACCCGUGUUAUCAGCUGGAGAGUUCUCAUAACAUGUCCAGAAAUUGCAAUUAUUCGUUUCAUGACUGGCAGGGCUGUUGCUAAAACUUCAAGUUGCCAGGUAUAUGCAAAUAGUGGGAGACUGACUGGACGGGACUUUUUUCAAGCUCUUAUAAGGCACUUGAUGCACAACUAAUUUUGGGCGGUAAUUAAAUUUUCUUCCCUUAUUCAAACUUUGUUUUCAGCUGUUUUAACUGUGUUAGAGUCCAAAUUUUAGAAAAAAAGAUUUUUACUACUAAUGAAGGUUUCAUCUUCAUGCAUAAUCUGAUGUGUAAUUUUGUUUUCAGGAGGACUCUGGCAUUGUGCAGACAUCACUCUCAAUAUCCCCAUCCCAGGAUUCUUCUCACAUUAAGCCUUCUGAAAUCUUUGGGAAGCAUGAUCCCUUUGCCACACCCAGCACCGUUCCAACUGAAACUGUAGUAAGUGGAAAUAAUGCAGCACAAACAACACACAUUGAACCUUUCUUGUGCCCUAAUGCUGUGGAUAACAUGCAGGUGACUUGUGGCUCGAGUGUUUGCUUAAGACUAUAACAUGUCCCAAAGUAACGCUUUAAUGCCAUACAUACAUGUAGUUUGUUUGUUCUUUUAACCUCCAAAGUGGUGCAGUAACUUGUUACACCUUAAAAUGUUAUUUCGUUGCCUUUGAGCAAUACUUAUCACUUAGUUGUUUCAAAACAAUAACGAAUAUAGUAAAUUGCCGUGAUGUUCUAUACAGUAUAAAUACUGCUGUAACUACCACAGGCAGACCACCCUCUGUUAGUGGGGGCUGUUGUUGAUUGAAAUCUGAGCAACAGUCUUUUGUUAUUUAUAGAACAAAUACAUAUGAACAAUACGGUGGCUAUAAUUUGUUCCAAAAUGCAGAAUUCAAAGCAAAUUUUUCAAUAAACAUUUGAGGAAAAUGCUAACUGAGCCAUGUGUCAUGUUUUUUUCGCCGUCCGGUGCUGUUUUAAGCGCUAUUUUGUGAGAUGAAUAUUUGACCUCGGCGGUUAGAACUAAAGAAGGAGACAAGGCAGGCAGCAAUCAGCCGCCGGUGCGUGACCCAGUCCAAUUUACGCUGCAACUGACGCCAAACUAUUUAAUUUCUUACCUCGAAAAUACCGGCUCCUGAUCCAGUAGAUAUGUAUCCAUGCCCCAUCCGAAUGAGAGCUCAGUCCUUCCAAAAUUUCUCGAGAAAAGCGAUCCUGAAGGUGAAAGACCAGCUUUCUCAACAUGACCGGUGCACAAAACUCAACCAAAGGCAUUUGAGGUAUGCGCGUCGAUUCAAAUCCACCAGUCAGCGUAUCACGACUGUUGGCAGUUCAAAACCACAACCCUACCCCGCACAGGGAUGUUUGUUUGGUCGUUUUACUGGAUCGGGAGCCGGUAUUUUCGAGGUAAGAAAUUAAAUAGUUUGGCGUCAGUUCCAACGUAAAUUGGACUGGGUCACGCACCGGCGGCUGAUUGCUGCCUGCCUUGUCUCCUUCUUUAGUUCUAACCGCCGAGGUCAAAUAUUCAUCAAGCAAAAUAGCGCUUAAAACAGCACCGGACGGCGAAAAAAACAUGACACAUGGCUAAGUUAGCAUUUUCCUCAAACGUUUAUUGAAAAAUUUGCUUUGAAUUCUGCAUUUUGGAACAAAUUAUAGCCACCGUAUUGUUCAUAUGUAUUUCUUCUAUAAAUAACAAAAGAUCGUUGCUCAGAUUUCAAUCAACAACGGCCCCCACUAACAGAGGGUGGUCUGCCUGUGGUAACUACCAGAGCCAUUUGAGAUAUGGAAAGUGGGGUGUUCAUUCUUGAAAAUGGUGUUGGGAAUCAACUGAGAUUUCGUGACUGAUCAUCAAAAAUAAUCAAAUUGACCCACCUGAUUAAUCAUUGAUUAUUAUUGGGGAAAAUCAUGAGUAUGAUUGGCCUGCAACUCAUCAAAUUCUCUUUCUUCUUUAACUUUGAGAUCAUAGAAAAGACAUCACAAAAGUUUUUUAAUAUCCCCAUUUGCCAUUAGGAUUUUUUUUCCCAUAAUUAUGUGUUGAACAUUUUUGGUAAUUUAUUGAUUAUGGCAUCGCUUAAAGGUUUUGAUGGGUGAUCAAUUGUCAUCAACUAAAAACUACUUAAAAAUAACCAUUUUUUGGUGCCUCAUCCUUUCCAGCUUCAUUUGUGGUCCAACAUAACCAGGCAUGCCCCUCCCCUCCCCUAGAUCGGCCAAGAGACAUGAAUGCUAUGUAUAUUUAUACUGCUUUCCAUUUGUCAGAAGUGGUUGGCCAGACCAUUCCUUUUGUAACGAGAAUUUCACUUUUCAUCAAGUGUCCAGUCAGAUCAGUCAAUUCUUAAUAAUAUCCAUGGGGUUAAUGAGUUUUAAAGUGAGAACUGAUACUCUUAAAAAGAAAAGCCUAUUUCAUUUUCAAAAUGAAAAAGCGCCCCUACUACAAAUCAUUCAAUCAGGUCCUUUUAACUGACACGUAAGAAAGCAGGCAUUUGUACCUAAAUGAUUAAGCACACAUUUUAUGAUGGAAAAUUACAGUUAGCUGUCUUGACAUAUUGAUUUCAUUGAAAACAAAAUCUUCUUUAAUUGUUUUUUUUUUCUGGAAGCUAAGAAGGGAUUGACACAUGGUUUGUUGAUGAUAAGUUUCUUUGAUGAUUCCUCUUUAGCGACACCGAAGAAAAGGACAUCCUAUGCGUCUGCUCCGAUUUCAGGAAACACCACAGAAAUCAGCACCAAAGGUAAAUAAUAUUUAUUAACCCUCUCUCCCUCCCAGACAGAGUCAUGGUAUGAGUUGAGCUUAGGGUUGUCAAUAAGGGUGGCCAGGGGUCAUGAAUUUUCCCUGCUAUUACAAGCAUAACUAACCCCUGGCUACUUUUAAUGGAGAGAAGGGAAACUUCUAAUUUGCUCAAUUCCCCACCUACCUAUCGCUCAUGACUGACAUCUUCAUGUUUUAGUGACAGCCCCAUGAGUUGACACUCCAACUUUUUUGACUCUGUGGACACAACCCUAUGGUGUUACCAUUCAAUUGAUACCUCUUUGGUAGUACUUUCUCAUGGUACUAUUUAUUUAGGAUGUAGUUCUACUUUUUGACUCUGUGGACAAUACCCUUUUGUGUUACGAUUCAAGUGAAACCUAAAAGUCAAAAAAGCACUACAAUCUAACUUCCAUCUGCGACCACGGCAUUUCUCGUGACUGACCGCAACCCCUUUGGAUAAUGGCCUUAGAAUUUUCCAUUGUUUUAUCCUUCUGUAAGGGACCACUUAUCUUAAUGCAUUGUUUGAUCCCUCUUUUUGUUGUAUGUACUACACUUCUAAGAGAAGGUGUUGUACUUUGGGUCGCAACAUAAAACUACGUAUAUCAUAACUGCAUGUAAUGAAUUUUCUCCCAAAAUAAAGAUAUGCCUAAGCCUGGUGUAUGAAGAGACCCCCACUGGGUCGAUUCUCAUAAGGGACCACUGUUUAUUUCUAAGAAUUUUUCAGAGAGAAUUUGAAUUUUGGACACUAUUUAGUAUAACAAGUGAACAGGUUGCCCAGUGGCAACGGCCCAGGCAAGUCGUUUUGUAACUAAAUUGUCAUUAACUAAGACAAGCAGGCAAUGAUCCCUGGAAAGCAAAAUCUGUGAGGAGCCUGUCCAAAGGAUAGUGAUCCAUCUACCUUCUGCAUUUCCGAUGCAUGAAAUGUCUCAAAAGCCGCAUCAGUGAGUUCCAGGUGUGUCCAUCUGGACAAGCAAAAAUUCAAGUGUUUUUUUCAAGCUUCAUUAAUUUUUACACAAACUCAAAUUCCAGUCUUAACGGUUUAUAUGGUUUCAUUUUUUUGAUGGCACUAAGCUUUUUGCUUUAUUGUUUGUGAGCUCUUACUGACACAUACAUGUAUCACUUUUAUGUCAGCAGCUUGACUCAAAAUGGGAACAAGUAGCUUGCGGCAAGACUCCAGAUCAGCAGCUGCUUACACGGCAAGCACAUCAGUUCCUUGCCAGUUACAGACCCGCAGCCCGUACACUUCACUUCAGCACCACCACAACAGUCGCUUAA